UUUGAAUUCAAUAACCAAACACUUCUCCUUAUAGACUGCUUUUCUGAAUUGCCCGUGACUUCUUUUCUUCCCCCCAUCCAGUUUAACUACUGCUUUGAUGUGGACUGGCUCGUAAAACAGUAUCCACCAGAGUUCAGGAAGAAACCAAUCCUGCUCGUGCAUGGCGACAAACGCGAAGCAAAGGCUCACCUACAUGCCCAGGCAAAGCCUUAUGAAAACAUUGCCCUCUGCCAGGCAAAGUUGGAUAUUGCAUUUGGAACACACCACACGAAAAUGAUGCUACUGCUGUACGAAGAAGGCCUCCGGGUUGUCAUACACACCUCCAACCUCAUUCACGCCGACUGGCACCAGAAGACACAAGGAAUAUGGUUGAGCCCCUUGUACCCACGAAUAGUCCAUGGGACCCACAGAUCUGGAGAAUCAACCACACACUUUAAAGCUGACCUCAUCAGCUACUUGAUGGCUUGUAACGCCGCUCCCCUCAAGGAGUGGAUAGAUACCAUCCAGGAGCACGACCUCUCAGAAACAAAUGUUUACCUUAUUGGCUCAACCCCGGGACGCUUUCAAGGAAAUCAAAAAGAUAACUGGGGACAUUUUAGGCUUAGGAAGCUUCUGAAAGAGCAUGCCUCAUCCAUACCUAAAGCAGAGUCCUGGCCUAUAGUAGGUCAGUUCUCAAGCGUUGGCUCCAUGGGGGCCGAUGAAUCAAAAUGGUUGUGUUCUGAGUUUAAAGAGAGCUUGGUGACACCUGGCAAGGAAAGCAGGACCCCAGGAAGUACUGUUCCUCUUCAUCUGGAUUUCCCAAAGUCACCGGACAUAGAGACAGUGCGUGGGAAAGGUUUCCCAGAUGGUCUGGUGAUCCCCACAUCGAAGAAAAGAUUAACUACCGUGAAGCUGAUUUCUCUGCAUGUAACAAAGGACCCAGUUUAGCUUGAUUAUUGGAGGCAGCCCGACCUUCCCCAACCAUCAGUGAGCAACAGGCGAGGCAUGAAAACCUGCGGAAAACACCACCUCCAAUACAGGCUGGUUGAGUUGUAAAUUAAAUGCUAAAACGUUUUCGAGGCUCCAGGCACACAGCCAGUACGUAAACAGCCACUGCGCUAAAACCAAAGCAAGAAUACAAGAACUUAUGUUC